AUGUCUCAGGAAACUGCUCAAGAGUUUUCAGGGAUGUAGCAUUUUCCAGGAAGCCUUUAAUCUGGGAGGCAGAAGCCAAGAUGCAGAUCCCCACGUAGGAGGACUGGGGAGACCAACACUCCAGAGUAGUCAACCCACAGAGACCAGCCUAUGGCUGCUCGAAGACCUAUAGGGUCCCAGGCAUGCCUGAGCAUCCCCUUAAUUAUCCUUCAGGGUUCUCAGGAGCAUGAGGGCCUUGAUCUAAGGAGGGUGCCCACAUCACGUGCCUUCUGGUCACGCUUCUGCCUGCUGUUGCUAACCACAGUCAUGCCUCGCGGUCAGAAGAGUAAGCUCCGUGCCCGUGAGAAACGUCGCCAGGCCCGAGGUCAGGAACGGGGUCUCAGGAGUGCUCAGGCCACUGCAGCACUGGAAGAAGAGUCCCCCUCCUCCUCCUCGCCUGUUUCUGGGGGUACUCCCCCGAGCUCCCCUGCUGCAGGCACUUCCCAGCAGUCUCAGAGAGCCCGAUCCAUCAGCUCUCUGGCUGCAGCCGCUUUCUAUGCAAGUUCUGAUGAAAGUGCCGAGGAGGAAAAUCCAAGUUCCUCCCGAGCCCCACCCUCCCCUGAGAGCUCACGCAGAGAGCCUCUGACCAGGAAGGCAGGCAGGUUGGUGCAGUUUUUGCUGCACAAGUAUAGAAUUAAGGAGCCCAUUACAAAGGCAGAGAUGCUGAAGAUUGUCAACAAAAAGUACAAGAAGCGAUUCCCUGAAAUCCUCCAGAGAACCGUUGAGCACCUGGAGCUGGUCUUUGGCCUUGACCUGAAGGAAAUCAACAGUAGCAGUCAGUCUUAUGUCCUUGUCAGCAAACUCCAUCUUCCUGAUGAAGGGGGUCCGAGCGAUUGCAUGAGCUUUCCCAAGAAUGGGCUCCUGAUGCCUCUCCUGGGUGUGAUCUUCAUGAAUGGCAACCGCACCACUGAGGAGGAGAUGUGGGAAUUCCUGAAGGUGUUAGGGGUCUAUGAAGGAAGGAAGCACUUCAUCUUCGGGGAGCCCAGGAAGCUCAUCACUCAAGAUUUGGUGGAGCAAAAGUACCUGGAGUACCGGCUGGUGCCCAACAGUGAUCCUCCACGCUAUGAAUUCCUGUGGGGUCCAAGAGCCUACGCUGAAACCAGCAAAAUGAAAGUCCUGGAGUUCUUGGCAAAGGUCAAUCACACCGUCCCCAGUUCCUUCCGGGGCCGGUACGAGGAGGCGUUGAGAGAUGAGGAAGAGCGAGCUCGAGCCAGAGUUGCGGCCAGGGCCCGCUCCAGGGCAACGUCCAGCAGCUCCUCCCAUUCCUAG